GCAAAUUUCUCUCAGCUGAUUCUUUCCAGCACCAUUCUAUAAUACGUCUAACAUCCACAGCACCCAUUCUUCGUAUUUUUGCACGUCGUCUCCGCUUUCCUAUUUCUUCCAUCGCAAAUCGCCGAAACACAUCCAGAAGUGGAUCUCGUCGUCACAUCGUUGUUUUUUUGCGUAUUUUGCCUUGGAAGUCAUUCCAUCGCGUGCGUACGAAAGGCGUACCGUUUGUCUGCAACUGGAAUCAAUCGAACAGAUCGGUCUGAAGAAAAUUAGAAAUAGGUUGUCUUCGAAUCUCAACACAAAUUCAUUCGUGCACGGGAAUGGGCGUUUGGUGUUGUUAUCUUGAGUUUCCACAUCUCAUCGCGAGUGCGAAGCGGUUGUCAUCGGCCAGGAUUUAGCACAGAUAACAAUUCAUGGUUUAGUGACUGCAUAGUGCUGGAAAUGGAAUGAUCGUCGACCACGGAAUGUGAUAAUGUGCUUUCUUGAGCUGGAGUCCAUGUCGGUCUUUGACUUAUAAAUUGAGGGACUGACUGGACCUCUUGAAGCUAAUGGGGAUGGAGUUAAUGGAGAUAUUUGGACAUCUUGGCGAGGCAGAGCAAACAGCUGCAGAUCCCAAUCUGACUGGUGGCGAUCUUACAUUCGGUGACAACAAUGAGAGUGACGAAGUUUCGUUGGAGGGUCUUCAAGAUGAAUUGGAGCAUUUGCAAGGACAGAAGAUGGUAUCAAACAUUCUCGGACAGGGAAGUCAGCUACGGGAAUACGCUCGAGAUGUAGAGGAGAAGCUGCGGCUUGUUGAAUUGGAGUCUAUACAGGACUAUAUGAAGGAAAGCGACAAUCUGGUGUCGCUCCAUGCCCAAAUACGAGAAUGUGAUACCAUAUUGACACAAAUGGAAACACUUCUUGGGGGUUUUCAGGCGGAUCUUGGUUCAAUCAGCUCAGAAAUUAAGAGUCUUCAGGAGCAGUCAAUGAGCAUGGGAGUGAAGCUGAAAAAUCGCCGGGCAGCUGAGCUGAAGCUCGCCCGAUUCAUCGAGGAAGUUGUCGUCUCACCCAACAUGAUCGACACAAUCGUCGAUGGAGAAGUGAAUGAGGAGUAUCUACGAGUUCUCCAAGUUUUGAGUAAGAAGCUACAGUUUCUUACAGAUAACACGGUUCUCAAAGACUCCGCAGCCAUGAAAGAUGUCAUACCUGAGCUUGAAAAACUCCGAGUAAAGGCUGUCUCGAAGAUUCGGGAAUUUUUGAUGCAGAAGUUAUAUGCUUUGAGGAGACCUAAAACCAAUAUUCAAAUACUGCAACAAAAUGUUCUAUUAAAGUACAAAUAUGCUGCCACCUUUCUGCAUGAUCAUGGGCGAGAGGUGUACCCAGAAAUCCGAGCAGCAUAUGUUGACACUAUGAACAAGGUAUUGAGCGCUCAUUUUCGAAGCUACAUUCAAGCUUUGGAGAGACUGCAGCUUGACAUAGUGACAAGGAACGACUUGCUGGGUGUUGAAGACGCCGUGACAAGGGGCAGUGGGCUCUUCUCUCGAGCAAAAGAACCUUUGAAAAAUCGUUCUGCCGUUUUCGCUUUAGGGGAUCGUGCUUCAGUUUUGAAGGACGUUGACGAACCCGCCAUCAUCCCCCACAUUGCAGAAGCGAGUAAUAUAAGAUUUCCUUACGAGGUUCUCUUUCGAAGUUUGCACAAAUUGCUGAUGGAUACUGCUACUUCUGAAUAUCUCUUCUGCUCAAGCUUUUUUGGAGAUGAUACUAUAUUCAAUGAUAUUUUUUCCGGUCCUUUUGGAGUUAUCAACGAACAUCUUAAUGCGGUACUGCCCAAUAGUUUCGAUGCUAUAGGACUCAUGCUCAUGGUUCGGCUGACCUACCACCAUCAGCUCGUAAUGUCAAGGAGACGGGUUCCAUGCUUGGAUUCCUAUUUCGACAAGCUGAACCUUUUGAUAUGGCCUCGAUUUAAGCUGGUAUUUGAUAUGCACCUAACAAGUCUUCGCUCAGCUAACGUCCGGACCCUCUGGGAAGAUGAUGUUCGACCACAUUAUGUCACUCGUCGCUAUGCAGAGUUCGCUGCUAGCCUCCUUCAGCUGAAUAAGGAUUACGGGGAUGGACAAGUGCUUGAUUUAAAUCUGGAGAGAUUACGCGUGGCUGUUGACGAUCUGUUGGUCAAACUAGCCCGGAUGUUCAGAAAGCAAAAGCAACAAACGAUCUUUCUUAUCAACAACUACGACAUGGUGCUGGCUGUGUUAAAGGAAACCGGGAAUGAGGGUGGAAAGACACAGCAGCAGUUUGAAGACUUGCUAAAAAGCAGUUCCACCGUCUUUGUGGAAGAAGAGCUGAGGGAGUACUUUGAGAAGCUUAUCGCGUUCGUGAAAACAAGAGCAGGUGAAGAUGCUGGGGCCAGCAACCCACAGCCCAUCACCUUAGAGGAAGUGGAACCUCUGGUUAAAGAUUUCGCUGUUCGCUGGAAAGGGGCCAUAGAAGUCAUGCACAAGGAUGUAAUAACUUCAUUUAGCAACUUUGUUUGUGGGAUGGAAAUUUUGAGAGCAGCGCUAACUCAGCUGUUGCUGUAUUACACUCGUCUUUCUGACUGCUUAAAGCGAGUUACCGGGGCUGCUGAUUUAGGUAAAGAUGUGGUGUCCAUCUCAACCAUCAUGUAUGAGAUCAAAAAGUACUCAAGAACAUUUUAGUCCCUGGAUGGAGGGUGAAGGACUCCGCUCUCUCACUGAAAUUUUUACAAGCUCGAGCAAUCUCAAGUUGUUGCAACUGGCUGUUACCAAUAAAUUGAAACUCAAUCAUACGCCCACCUGAAUGUUUAAAUGGGAUCCAUGAUCAUCAGACAAUAUAAAUGG